AUGAAGUUGGCGUUUGCUGUGUUUGCCAUGGUGGCACUGUCUGAGUGCCUCGUCCAGAUCCCUCUGGAAAAGGGCAAGAGUGCAAGGGAGGUCUUGGAGGAACAGGGUCUAUGGGAGGAGUAUAGGCAAAAGUACCCAUACAAUCCCAUGGCCAAGUUUGAUAGGAGCUUUGCUGUGGGCCCUGAAUCCAUGACCAACGAUGCUGGUCUGUCUUACUAUGGAGUCAUCUCAAUUGGAACUCCACCUCAGUCCUUUAAAGUCAUCUUUGAUACUGGCUCAUCUAACCUGUGGGUAUCCAUCUACUGCAACAGUGCAGCCUGCAACAACCACGCCAAGUUUGACCCUCGUAGGAGCAGCACAUACAGACAAAAUGGCGGACCUCUCAGUCUCACAUAUGGCACUGGCAGCAUGACUGGCAUCUUGGGAUAUGACACUGUUGGUGGUCUGGCUGUGACAAACCAGAUCUUUGGUUUGAGCCAAACUGAGGCCCCCUUCAUGCAGAACAUGCAGGCUGACGGUAUAUUUGGUCUGGCCUACCCAAGCCUGUCUCUCUCCAGUGCAACACCUGUGUUUGACAACAUGAUGAAUGCCGGCCUGAUCAACCAGAACCUCUUCUCCGUGUAUCUGAGCUCUAACAAUCAGCGAGGCAGUGUGGUGACCUUUGGUGGUGUUGAUACCAAUCACUACUCUGGUUCCAUCACCUGGAUUCCUCUCUCCAGUGAACUGUACUGGCAGAUCACAGUUGACAGUGUUUCUGGUAAUGGUCAGGCUGUAGCUUGUAAUGGUGGCUGUCAGGCUAUUGUGGACACUGGAACCUCUAUGAUUGUUGGACCUCAGAGCGACAUUGACAACAUCAAUGCCUGGCUGGGAGCAAGUUGCCAGAAUGGAGAGUACAUUGUCAACUGCAACAACAUCGGUCAAAUGCCUGAUGUGACCUUCAACAUCAAUGGACAGCAGUUCACUCUCCCAACCUCUGCCUAUGUCUAUCAGGUUCAGUAUAAUAACUGUAUCACAGGCUUCAGUGCUACAGGUGGCAACAUGUGGAUCCUGGGCGAUGUCUUCCUCAGACAGUAUUAUUCCAUCUACAACAGAGGCCAGAAUAUGUUGGGUCUGGCCAAGGCUAGAUAA